CGCGAUAUAUCGAGUCGUUAUCGUCGACGUAGGUUUCUGCUUUUUUUCUGUUUUUUUUUCUGUUGGUGUUGACGGCAUCGAAGAUUGUACAAUUGUUUUUAUUAGAUAACACGCAAAUUUGUAUUUAAGGACGGUUCGCAAUCCGAAACCAAGCCCAGCUAGAUGGAAAUACAAAGUAAAUAUAUACAUACAUAUAUCAGGAGAUAAGCGAAGGAAUGGAAUAUCACAGAUCAAUUAAAUGCUAUUAGGAAAGUUCCAAAGAUCUAAUUUUCUUAUAUGAAGUGAGUGCUUUUAAUCCAAUUUAGCUUAUUGAAUAAUGGACUUUAUAAAUAACUGAUUGUGUACAAGCGCGCAAGUAGCAUUAACUUAAGAAAUAUCACACAUACGUCACGUAUGCCCGCGCUAUUAAUAAAAACCAGAGUUAGCAAAAGAAAGGAUGAAAACGAGUAAGGAAAAAAUAGAUUGUAGAUGGAAAUAAUGGUGAUAAUGUUACUACUUGAGUAUAAAGCAAGUCAAGCCCUUAAAGUGCAUUUACUGCUGAAGUUCUUUACUAAGAUCUUAGUACUCGGAUACUUUGCGCCCUUAAAAUGUAACUGCUUUACAACCACAGAGAUGAGAUAUAGACAUAGCUAUCUAAAAACCUGCAACUAGAAAGAUAUUAUCAAUUAACACACUCGGCGAAAUGAGCGGAAAACUGUGUAGUAACGUUUUUGUUAGAGCUGUGAAUAUUCUGGAAUUGCUGAUAAGCUCGAAACCCUUGUCCCACUUACGAGCACUAAGUAUUCAAGCCCUUGCAAUUGCAACCCUUGACUUGAAUCAGAAUUAGAUAAGCCAAAUUUAUAUAUAGUAGACGAUCGCUCUGAGCUCCGAGUUAAGUACGUUAAGUACGGAGAGAUCUAUGGUUGAUAUGGGUGUACUGCCAUAGUUCUCUAGAUGUCGGAGAAACAAGGUUGUUGAUGUUGUUGCUGCUGGUGUUGUGUUGCUCAUGUUGCUUGUGUUGCUCAUGUUGCUGUUGCUGCUUCGUUAUCGCCUCGUGGCGACGGCGUCAACAUUUGCCAAUGACGUCAAAUGUUAUAAAGAAAUUUUAAGUUCGCAUAUAUGUACAAACACAUGCUUACUUAUAUACGCACACUUGCAUAUGUAUUUGCAUGGCAGGAGAUAGUGUGUGUGUGUGUGUUGCUGUUGUGCACUGGCGUAACUGGAUAGCCGCGUCGCUGGCACUUCCAUUAUUAUCAUAAUGUGCUGUUCGAUUUGGGUUUCGCAUUGGAUUGGAUUGAAAUGUAUUGAAUUGGAUUCGAUUCAAUUCGAUUCGAUUCGAUUCGAUUGCCUUGUGUUGCUAGACUCUGGGCGGUUUCGCUUGUGGCUGCCGCACGAUGGUGUCGCUGAUUGCCACUUGUUGCCACUUGCUGUUGCUGGUGACCAUUGGCCAGUUUCCCCAUCUUCUGGCUGCGGCUGCCGCAGAUGGAGCUGCCAAGAUGACAAGAUGCCAACACGCUCCGACAAUGCCUACUUAGUUUCGUCUUUCCUCACUUUUUGCGCACUGCGCUACAUGGCACAUACAUAUGUAUGUGGUAAAUUUAAUCAAUUUUGAUUGAUGUGUGCGCAUUACAGCCGCAGCAGCAGCAGCAGUCACAUCUAUAUACAGCCAAAAGCAGUCAAAAGCCAAAGACUCAGCUGCAACGAAGCGAUGAUUCCCUGAUGAUUCCUGCAGAAGGCAAUUCACCAUUAAUAUAACUUAGUAGCUGACAUGGGAAAGUAAAAUUCUCAAUGGGUUUUACUCGGCAAGCAAGCAGAUUGCGCUAAAUACUCUAAAGAGAAUGCUGUUUAGUGAUUUUGAGAUCCUUUUAGUGAUAAGGAAGGGUAUAUGGUUGGCUUGGAGACCAGUGGCCAGUGGUGUUCGCUGGCAAAAGGGGAAGGAGGAAAUAUGAUGUGGUUUUUAGGCGCGAACGGGUUCGGCUCUCCAACUCUGUCUCUCUGUCAUCUCUCUCCUGCGACUCGAUCUCCGAUCUGUGUAACUCAAUCGGCGAAUUUUCGUUACCCAAUUGCAGAAGUACGUACAUACAUAGUUGCAUUCGCUAGCAGGUACCACUGAUGCACUGCACCGAGUGCCGUGGGCCAGAAUCCAUGUAAGAUGUCCGUGUGCGCCCUCAGCCAGCCACAGCCGCCGAAUAAUCCAAAUCAGAAUCAAAAGCAGAAGAACGGGCCAGCGAGACUGCCGGCGUUGGCAACCGGAAACGGAAGUGGCAUCGUAAACGGAAACGGAAGUGGCAUAACACUGAACGGGAAAGCCAAGGGCUCCGUAACGCCACCCACACCGCCGCCCUCGCCGCAGGUACGGAUCUACGAGGACUUCGACAGGAUGAGCGCCAAGGAGGUGUACUACAAUGAGGCGGGCAAGAAGGUGACCGUGAAACUGCUGCACUUUCCCGACGUUCCGCCCGAGGAGAUAUCCAAAUUGAAAUUCGACGACGACGACGAGGAGGAGGAGGAUGGAAAUGAUGAUGGCAACGGAGAUGGUGACGAAGACGAUGGCGAAGACAAGGGCGAGGAGGCCGACGAGGAUAGCGAUAGCGGACGUAGACCCACAUCGGCGGACAGCGAGGAUGCGGCCCAAAAGUCGGAGUCAAGUGGCGGUGCCAGCAAUGCGAACGCAAUACCAAGCACAUCCAAGAAGAUCUUUCGCCGCAAACUCUCCGGCAACAAUAUGCAGCCACGGAAAUGCAGUUUGGCCUUCGCCCAGGCACACGGCAUACGCCAGCGGGCGGAGAAGAAGCUAUCGAUGCCGACCAUUAGCAUUACGGCCAACUCGGGUGAGCAUGUGGCCCACAAUUGUGGGCUGCGCUUAAUUGUGGGACGCAAGCUAUCGCAGCAGCAUUCGCUGCCACUGGGCUCACCCAGCACGCCCACAUCGCCCAUGAAUCCGGGACCACGACGUUCACACUCGCCGCUGGGUCAGAGUUUGUGCCCCGGCUACAUCCAGUACUCCAAGUCGCUGCUGGAGGUGCCCAUGCCGCGGGACUACGGCUACGCCAGCAGCGAUGAUCUCAGCUCCGAGUGGGACUCGGAUGUGUCCACAUCAGCGGCCGGCUCCGCCACAGGAUCGGGUGCCGCAUCUCAGGCCGCGAGCGGCAAGAAGAGCUCCGGCUGGCGGAAGAUCCGCAACAUCGUGCAGUGGACGCCCUUCUUCCAGACGUACAAGAAGCAGCGCUAUCCAUGGGUCCAACUGGCCGGACACCAGGGCAACUUCAAGGCCGGUCCCGAGCCGGGCACCGUGCUCAAGAAGCUCUGCCCCAAGGAGGAGGAGUGCUUCCAGAUCCUCAUGCACGAUCUGCUGCGCCCCUAUGUGCCCGUCUACAAGGGCCAGGUGACCAGCGAGGAUGGCGAACUUUAUUUGCAGCUGCAGGAUCUGCUCAGUGACUAUGUGCAGCCGUGCGUGAUGGACUGCAAGGUGGGCGUGCGCACCUAUCUGGAGGAGGAGCUGUCCAAGGCGAAGGAGAAGCCCAAGCUGCGCAAGGACAUGUACGACAAGAUGAUCCAGAUCGACAGCCACGCCCCCACCGCCGAGGAGCACGCGGCCAAGGCGGUGACCAAGCCACGCUAUAUGGUCUGGCGUGAGACCAUCUCCAGCACGGCCACGCUGGGAUUCCGCAUCGAGGGCAUCAAGAAGAGCGAUGGCACCAGUUCCAAAGAUUUCAAAACGACGAAGUCACGCGAACAAAUCAAGUUGGCCUUUCUCGAGUUCCUCAGCGGUCAUCCACAUAUUUUGCCGCGCUACAUACAGCGUUUGCGAGCCAUAAGGGCCACGCUGGCGGUAUCGGAAUUCUUCCAGACCCACGAGGUCAUCGGCAGCUCCCUGCUCUUCGUCCACGACCAGACCCACGCCAGCAUUUGGCUGAUUGACUUCGCCAAGACGGUGGAGCUGCCGCCGCAGCUGCGUAUCGAUCACUACUCCGCCUGGAAGGUGGGCAACCACGAGGAUGGCUAUCUCAUUGGUAUCAACAAUCUCAUUGAUAUCUUUGUGGAGCUGCACGCAUCCAUGGAGGCGAAGGCAAAAGCGGAGGCCAUUCAGUCACCCGUUUCUAGCGAAGAUCCAGCCGAGGCGACGGAGGAAAGCAAAUCCUGAUGGGAUGAUAUCUAUAACCAUACGUUUCUACACGGGGGUUUUUGGGGCUGAGCCCCAAAAGACAAAGACAUUUCCAAUUUCCGAAUCGAAAUAAUCCCCAAUUCCUAGGCUAAGUUAUACAUUUUUUUUUUGUUUUUUUUUGCUAACAGUUUGCGUACAUUUAACCCCUUAAGUUUAAAAUCAAAGACUGAAAUCACAAUAUGCAUACACAUAUUUUUACUAUAUACGAUAUACGAUAUACGCCUACAUAUAUAGGAGAUAUAUAGCCUGGCAUAUAUAUAUGAGCUGCUGCUGUAGUGUAAUUUAUUUAUCCAAAACAAAUAAACAAAAAUUCACGUUUGGCGAGUCCUAGCGAGACCCGAAUAGUUGGAGAUAAUCCCCACAAGGCAGUUAACACUGUCGAUCGUAACGAUACGAAAAGUAACUAAGAAGUGAACACCCAACACGCAACAAGAACUUAGACUACGUUUUUAAUAUAAUGGUUAUGCGACUACCUACUAAAUACUACUAAUUGUGCACUAUUAAAUUCAGUUAAACCAGAAA